AUGGAAGACCCGAUGGGAGAAGCCACCUGCAGAUCUGUGGAGCGCAUUUUCGACGGUGUCUCGUUUAACGGGAGUGACAGGAAAAAGCUCCAAUUCGAGGACAAGAAGCUAAACCGCUUCUUCGAAAAUGGGAUACUGAAUUACAGCCUCGUGGAGGUGGUGGGCGUGUCGGGUAGCGGAAAAACACAGUUCGCCCUAACCCUCUGUGCAGAGCGCCUUUUAAAAAUUAUUGACGAGAAAAGGCAGACCAUAGUUUUUUAUGUGUACUUUAAUCGAAUGUUCCCCAUGCGAAGGUUGGAAGAGAUAAUUAAGAGCAAAUUGGAUUCGAGGGGGGGACGUGCCCAAGGGGGUGCAGACAAUGUUCGUAGUGACAACGGGGCACAUGGAAGGGGUGACUCAUAUGGCUGCUUCCAGAGAGGGAAUGAAAAGAGGAUGGAGCAGAGGGAGGGAUCUGGAGAAGUGGGCAAACAUGGCGAGACACAUCAUGACGAGAGACACCAUGGCGAUACACAUCAUGGAGAGGCACCCCAUGACGAGGUAGGCCAUCCAGACCCGAAGCCCGCGCAAAACUGUCCCGUCCGAAGGGCCCUGCAAAAUUUGUACAUACAAAAAAUAAACGACGAAAAGGACUUCUUCCAGUUAAUAAAGAGAGACAUACAUUACAUUUUGAAACAUCACCAGAUCUCCCUCCUUGUGGUGGAUUCACUGAACUCUCUCUUUAAUGGAAAUGAUAACCUAGACUUAUACAGGAAGUGCCAGCUUUUUACAGAAGUGUCUCAAUCUUUGAAGCAACUGGCAUAUGAGAAUAACUUCUUCUUAUUGGUACUUAACAGUUGGCAGCCACGGAGGGACUACAUUCAUUUUUCCUUCAACAUUUUUGAUUAUGUCAUUAACUCUUCCUUUUCCAACACGAUUAUUAUCUUCAAGAAGAGGAAGAGAAAGAAUGAAAUUGAUCGCAGGAUGACCAUAAAGUGUUCGGAAUUUCUGCGCAUGUAUAAAUCGAUGCGCUUCGAAAUUAACGACUCGGGGUUCAGCGUGUCCUGA